UCUGUUUACGAAUUUAGUGAAUCGUCGCAGCAAAUUUUGAGAAAUUCGUUAGUUUUUGUUUGAAUCUCUCUCACGAAUUUGGUCGAACACUUGGAUGGAAGAUCUUGGUAACAAUAACGUAGUUUCCCAAUAUAUAGACCAUCAGUGUGCACUUUGGUCCUGCCGGCAAAUAUUUCUUGACGGAAAUCGCUACUGCAGUGUGGCUCAUGAACAGCGAGCCGAUCAUGACGUUGAUGUGCCGACCCCACACUCCUUCCUUGAUGUCUAUUCACACGGUGAACUGGAACGAUACGUGUUGCCAAAAGUAACUAGUUUACUUCUUAAUGGUAAUGCCAAUCCUGGAAUAGUUGAUUUGUCCCACGAUACGGAUAUCCUUACGGUUGGUCCAUGGAAUCUACAAGACCAUUUUGACACGAAUCUGGAACCCAGGGAAGAUUUUACCAUUUGGCUUUUUGUGGGAAUGUUUACCCCAGAUCCAGAUGUAUGGAGACCAGGUACUUCUGCAUAUGUAAUGGGACGCAUUGUACGACGGAUCUAUAGACCGCUACAUCCUAUUGCCAAUGGCUCGGUCUGGAUACUCCACCGAUACAUUUUAAACAACCACGCAGACAGAGCAUUGUACACAAUGCAAUAUUUUAAACCUCCAGUUCCUCCUCAACCCGUGAUUGCCGCGUAUUACAACAAUCCAGACGAUGAUGAUGACGGUGAUGAUGAUGAUGACGAUGAUGAUGAUAGGAUGGAAGAGCCUCCACGAAAAGUUAAGCAUGGAAGGAACUGUGAGAACCCGGAAGUCCUGAAGACCAAAGCUGGUGGUAGCACGAGUUACAACAUCCAGAGAAUCUCUGGUAAUGGCAAGCGACAGAAAGGGACAAUAAGCAAAGGGUCAGAUAUAGAAAGGAAUAAUAAUGUCUUGAUGGAGAAGAAAACCAGAGAAAGUCUUUGGAAAGAUGAGGAUGAUGAAGGCUUGGGAAGGGAUGUUGAGAGGAUGAAUUUGGGUCUUCAAAACCUGAAGAAGAAGAUUAAACUGUUGGUUGACAUGAAAUCAUCCAAAAUUCUGACAUCUGUCUCUAAGGAGAUACAAAUGGGUCUCGAUUCCCAGACCACUUAUGGUAGGUACAGGGGAAAGAGGAGUGACGGAGAAUCUGGAAGUAGUCAUCAUGACUUUGAAGGACUAUUCAAGUCUGAAAUGUCAAAAGCGAUGAAGAAGAUCAGGUAUUUGCACAUUUCCAGUGUGGUUCUCUUGGAGAAAGUGAAGACGACGGUGGAAGCUUGCUUAGAAUCUUCCGUUUUUUGAGCUGUCUGAAUCUGAUUCUUGUUGUACAUGAGUUGUGUGUUGCGGUUGUGUGACAAACACGUUUACUUCUUUCAUAAACACGUUUACUUCUUUCA